AUGACUAACCACAUGUGGUACCUUGAAUGCAAUAUCACUAGAGGGCUGAUUGUCCAAAACUCGCAACAAGAAGUCAUACAAGGAAAGCGCCCGCCGCGCUCACCAAACAGCUUAUUAGCGGGUCAGCAUUUUCCCUCAUUUGUGUGGUGUAACAUCUGGUUCUUGACAAUUUGUGUUCUUACUUUUCUUUUAAUGUCUCUUGCAGACCUGCUGAGGGCUGGUCCAAUAAUGCAACCAGAGAAAGAGGAUGUUGCUGAGACUGUUACUGAGGAAAAGACAGAGGUUGAGGCACCAAAGAUCCGAAACAGGAGGAACAUUGCAUAUUACAGACGUAUUCCUGAUUUCUGGGCCUAUUACAAAUACUUCUUGGACACCCACAACCAGGAGGGUGUUGAGGCAAUGGACCGCAUUUACCGUGCUUACUUGCAGAACAAACACAGAACUGAGGAAGGGCCAACUUUCAACCAUUACCUCACUCACCUGAGUGAGAUCUACAAGGCUUGUGCUGACUCUGAUGACCCAGACUGCAUUUCAGAAUCCACCAGCAAGCCCAAAGCAAAGAUCGUCAUGCCAGUGCCUCUUAGGGAUGCAGUUUUGAAGGUGUGUAACCCAUACCUUGAUCCCUACUGCCUCUAUGCCAUUACCCCAAAGGCUGCUGCUGAGGAGCCAUCCCCAGCACCUCCUCUACCAGCCCCAGCUAAAGUCCCUGCCCCCAUUUUCACCCCCCUGCUCCCAAUGCCCCUGAGGACCCCACAUGGCUACCAUUACUAUGCCCCAGUCCUGGAGUCCUUCCUGUCAGCUGAGCAAAAGGCAGAACUUCUCCGCAUAUGCAACCCCUCUGAUGUAGAGUGUCUGCAGUACCACCUUCGUGCUGCCUAUGGCUACAGGCCUGCUCUUGGCCCUUUGCCUUCAUACGCUCAUCUUAGCUGUGAUCCAACCAAAGAUCCUUAUUGCCAACCAAGGCUGGUGGCCAAAGGUCCUUCAGGUUUGUAUCAUUUAUAUCCUUCCUGUGACCCUGUGAACGACCCUCUCUGCGUCUCCAGCAUAUUUGGCCCUGCUGCCCAGACAGCUGAAAGUGGAGAGGAGGCCCCCAAACUUCAGAGUUGCAAUCCGCUUUUUGAUGAAGGCUGCAACCCACUCACAGCAACCAAGCUGGCAGGACUCACCAAGCCUGUUUUGGAGUUUGUCCAAAAGGACCAACCUGCAACUCCAAACCUUGCUUGUGAUCCACUCCACGAUCCUUACUGCCUUAUGGGAGCUGCUGCGGCCCUUAAGAAGCCUCCACCACUCCUCCCCCAGUUCCAGUCCCGCUACCAGUUAGGCGUUAGGGGUAAGACAAAGGAGGGAUAUGACUGCUAUCUGUUCUAUGAUGAAGGGUGCAAACCAGUGGAGUCCCAAGACCUCAAGGCUAGCGCUGCCAGCACCAAACCAGACUGUCAUCCCUAUGAUCCCAGCUGUGGCAAGUUUGCCCCUCAGGCAUCCGCUGGAGCAGGGCCAGCUAAAACAGUCAGGGACGGGAUCAUCGAACCCCAUCCCGACUGUGACCCCGAAGUUGACUACAACUGCCGUCUGAGAAGAGCUGAGCCAGCAUCAGAGGAGAAGCCCACAGAAGAAUACAGAGACGAGCCUGUCCAACAAGAGAGUGGUCACGGUGACCCCUACGCUGGCUAUGUAGCCCCAGAAUACCCUGUUCCUCGAUUUGAAGAUUUCCUGAGAGGAUACAUGGGUCAGUACAAGAAAUAA